AUGGCACCAGAAGUAGAGAAGGAAGCUCCGCUCCUCCCAGCGCUGAAGCCAAAGCAAGGCUCCCACCGCCGAGAAGGCGGCGCUGAAAGCGUCCACAGCCACACAAAGAAAAAGAUCCCCACGUCUCCACCUUUAAGCGACCCAACACACUGCACCCCCGCGGACAGCCUGAAGACCCUGGGAAGAGCGCCCCGAGAAGCAAGCUCGACCACUGUGCCGCCACCAAGUCCCCCCACCACCCAGUCGGCCAAGAAGAAGACAGGAGACAACCCCACCCUGGUGUUCCCUGUGGACGUCAAGGCUAACAAGCGCCAGACCAAACAGAAGAAACGCCGUGACACCCCAAGGUCAAUACUGACCAGGCCUGAUGGAGAGAAGACGACGUGCGUUCAGCUGGUUCCCCGUUAUGAUGCUUUGGAAGUUGCCAACAAAAUUGGGAUCAUCUAA